AGUUCAAGUAUGCUAAUGACGAAUCGAGCAAGGACAACAUAUAUGUAAUUGUUUCUGCGACAUUGACUUCUUCAACGUCAAUAUUAAUAAUGAAUUCGUUCAGCCAAGAGCGCGGAUGGCAACGACUAUCAGAGCCAUCUAUUGAUCUCGAGGCGAAUCCUGUAGCAGGGUCAACGGGGAAUAUUGAAUUUGAAUUGCAUGAAAAAAACUCAGGAAUGGACGUAGUUAAUUCUAGAUCAAACCUAUUUGAUGUACCUAAAGCAAAGGGAAUUGAUGACAUAAAGCGAACAACUGAGGAUAUGAGGCUAAGAGCAAAGGUAAAGAUUCACUCCGGAAAAGUUGAUUCACUUAAACCUUUGGAUAACUCUGGAAAACCAAAAAGCAUUGAGGAUGUUUUGCUGUUUCAACAUUUGAAACCAUUGUUCACAGUGAUGUCACUUCACGGAUUGUUCUUUCAUAAGGACUUUUCUUCAAACGGGAAAUCCCAAUCAAAUCGCAAACGAACUCUGUUUGCGUAUUGUACAGGAGUCCUGAUUAUUGCUAUCACAAGCUUCUUGCGUUCAUUUACGUCAUACAGGGCAUCCGAUUCUUUUGGGUACCUUCUUUUCUUCAAGAUCAUUAUAAGUGUAUGGUGGUUUGAAAUUGCUGUGAAUGCGAUAACUUGUUGGAGAGGUUCAUAUGAGAAAGACAGAUUGCACGAUUUCUUCAUGACCUGGCACAAGUACUGUAACACAUCUGACCGACAUGGUGACAUACCUUACAAAGAUUCUUUGAAAAGGUGUCAAAAGAUUGUCUUGAUUGGAACUGCAGUGAUGUCUAUCGGCAAUACAUUCACGGCGGUUUAUGCAAGAUAUCACGGUGAUCCAGGGCUGUUAUCGUUAUAUGAUGUUACUUGUGCUCCGUUCACGUCGGAGUCUCCAGGGAUUGAAAUAGUCCGUAUUGCGUCCCUAUUUUUCCAUUGGGUGCUCUCCAAUAUCUCUUUCUACCCGUUUGCUCUUUACAUCAUGAUUUGUUACGUUCUGUGUAAGGAGUUCCAAAUCGCCCAUAAUAACAUCCUCAAAUGUUUCAACGCUAAAGGAGACAUCAUUGGACCGUUCGAAGAACGACGCCGCGACCAUCAGAAGCUGUGUAAAUUGACAGAGGUUGCAGACAAAACGUUUAUGGUAUUUGUUAUAUCUGUUCUCUUGACGCACAUUCCCCUCUCUUGCCUAUUCUUCUACAACAUGAUCUACAACGAGAUACACUUUGCGAUGUAUAUGGGCUACACGUUCUGGAUUUUGGUUACUUUUAUCAAUAUGGGAAUUGUGUGCAUCGCUGGGGCUUUUGUCAACAAUGCUGCACAUGCUCCUUUAACUGAUCUUCACAGCAUCAGGGCAGAUGUAGCAAGUACUAGCAAGAACUUGGAGAUUCACAUGUUUCUUAGUCGCCUAACAGGAACAUCUAUCGGCUUAACAGCAAUGGACAUGUUCGUAAUGGAUAAGCCAACAACCCUUACGGUACUUGGGCUGCUGAUUACGUAUUUUUUCCUGUUGCUCCAAUUCCAUCCAAUGGCAACUGCUCCAGGCGGCUUGUGUUUGGCAAAUUUAACAGAUAUGACUUUGAAACUUAUUGGAGGUAGGAAUAUACUAGAGUUGCCGAGAAGGAGGAUUGUAACUGUUACUAUGGCGACGGACAUAAACCCCAUCGUUGUUAUAGUAAUUGUAGUGUCGGUGCUAUUUGUUGGAUUAAUGGCAUCAUUUUGCAUAUAUUGGUUCGCAUGUAAAAAGAGGCGUAAGGAUAAUUCAGAUGUUAAAACUGAUGACGUAUUCUACAGUAAUACACCAGAUACCUUACAUAUGGAAAUAAAUGGUAGAAAGCAUGCAAUGAAGGCUUACACAAAUUCUUACGAAAACAAAGGAAUGGACCCUGAAAUCGAAAUCUACGACGCGUAUCAAACCCAUAGCGCCAAUGAGGUGUUCACGGACGAUGCUGUGACAGUUCACGAAUUCGAAGGUACCAUUGAGCGAAUGGAUCGUGACGCAGGUGUCGUUAACAUACCGAAUGGUAAUGUUCCCAGUAAAGAAACUCGCGAUCACGAUGAUUCUAAGAACGACUACACAAUCGUGACUAGCCUUGUUCGCGAUAAACAAACUGAUGAGUUUUCUCACCCUGGGUAUACAGUUUUUGAAGAUUACGUAGAUCUAACUCAGAACAUCGGUGAAGUAACGCCAGAUGGACAAUAUAAAGGGCAGUACACUAUUAUCACUGGACUUGGAGAAAAAGUUGAAGAGUCAAAAACACCUCGUGUAGAUACGGGAGCCUGUUCUCUCCGCAUGACAUCUGAAAUAACGCAGACCGUGACUGAAGUGAUCAAAGCAGCCAAAACUCCAGAUGAGAGCAUCAUUAGAUCAACUAAUGAACAAACUGGUGAUACGAAUACGAUCAACCAUCUUGAUUUCAGACUUGAUAAAGAGCGUCGACAGUUCGAUUCUAGUGACGACAUCGUGCCUCCACCACCGCCACCACCUCCACCUCCAAAGUUGUCGCUGGAACGAACAGAAAAUAGAACCCCGGAUGUAAGCAUCGAGAGAAAGCAUGCUCCUGUUGCACCACCGAGACGUAAAUCCAAACGAGACACACAAGAACGUAAACGAUACAAAAGGCGAUCACAAUCAGAACCACGAUCUUCAAAAGUUCCGCCACCAGAUUACGACAGCCAUGACUCAGAUUCAACUUGGACUACCACUCCAUCGAACAGCCUGAAGAAAAUGAUGAAUUCUGACGUGAAGACGUCCAAUAAUAUUUAUGAUAGACGACAUCAAACAUGGACUGGAUAUUCUUUGCCCCUUUCUGAAAAUCCGGCUCAGUAUAAAACCCAGGCAUCUAUGCACCCACAGGAAAACUAUCGUGACUCUCGUAGCUCUCCACCAGUUGCGUUCGAUUUGCAGCAACGAACGCACGCCCUGUCCCACCAGCCCACUUACAGCUCAACCCCUCCUGCCCAGCCCAGACUGGGGGUUCGGUCUUAUGAGUACCCAAUGUAUACAAGAGUAAUGAAACCAAGAGCGUACCUUGGUCCUCCCAUUGUCGUUAGACGGCGCUCAAUCCCAGCAUCCAUGGUACUGGGACGUCACGAGUACGUAAGAUCUCUCUCAGGUCCACCGCCACCUGGUUAUAUACGUCAAGUGUCAGGUGUUCAGACGCUUCCAUACCGGAGAGGUGCACGUGAUUUGGAGUACGGGGACGUGCGUAUGGAUCCCAUUGGUGGGGAACGAAUUUCAGAACUACAAUACACCGAUAGGCGAGCAUCUAGUGACUAUAUUAUUAGCAAAAUUGAAACUCAAAGUGCAGAUGCAGAACUCCAUCGUGUCCAUGAUAAUUUUUGAAAGGAACAGAUGAUCUAUAAAUUCAGAAAAAACUUAGAAAAUGUGUAUACAAGUACACGUAAAUGUU